UGCCAUAGUCCCGACCAUGACUGCAGCUUCGUCAUCUAGUGUUCAAGCAUUGGAUGCCUUGUCCGAAUACGACGAUGUCAUUUCAUGGAUCAACGAUACGCUUCCAACCUCUGAGGACAGAGAGGAUGACGUCGUCGACCUCGCUGAACUCGACCAACACAUUACGCAGCUCCUGGCAUCUCUCGACAUUGCCUCGGAAGACACGUCGUCCCAGCUGGAGAGAACCGUUCGCGACGUCUCUCGCGCUGUACCCAGACUCACUUACGACCUUCAUUUCAUGAAAGAUGGUGCGCUCACCCUCCAAAGCGGCCUCCUUCGUGUUCGCUCCCGGGCGAAGGCGGCAGUUCCUCUAUCUACCCAGGACGCCCUCAAUAAACUCCAUGUUUUGGAUACCAUGAAAAGUCACAUGGAAUUGGCGCGUGAGGUCCUGCGGGAGGCGGAGAGCUGGAGCACCCUGGAAAUCGAAGUUACAUCACUUCUUUCGGACAACAAUUAUGCCAAAGCAGCUGCUCGGCUUUCGGAAGCCAGUCGCAGCAUGGUCGUCUUUCAAAAUACUCCAGAUUAUGACCCUCGUCGCGCUCUCAUGGUCAAUUUGCAGAACCAGCUGGAAGCGUCCCUCAGUUCUGCCUUAGUGGCCGCGAUUAACGUCCAUGACCUAGCGGCGUGCAAGAGUUAUUUCUCCAUCUUUUCAGAUAUCCAACGCGAACACGAAUUUCGCAACUAUUACAACGGUUCUCGGAGGGCAGAAGUGGUAGCACUCUGGCAGAAUGCACGAUUGCUGGAUUGCGAUGGCGAGGGCACACAAACGCUUGUCGAAUUCCUUCCCAAAUUCUACGAAUAUCUUCUAUCCCUCCUAAAUCUCGAAUGCGCCUCUAUGUCAUUCAUUUUCCCUGACCCAGCCGUCUCGCUCUCGGCACUUAUAUCUUCAGUUCUGUCUGCUCUCCAGCCCACGUUCGCUCAACGGCUUACCUCAUUAUUCAGUCAUCAUGGCGAUUCUGUUCUCAAAAUUCUUAUUUCUUUAUUCAAAAUGACGGAGGAUUUCGCUGUUGCUGCAGAGAAAGUAACAGAAAAGAUUAAGCACUCUACGACUUCCAUAGAAACCUCCGAGUCACCGACGUCCCAACCUGCAGCCCACAAGCGCCGACGUUCAAUGCGGAUGUCCAUGUCUUGGCGCAACACCCCAGCCCGCACUUCUUCCUCCACACAGAGCAUUACCAAGCUGUCCAGUCUCCUUGAGUGGGAGCAAGAGCUCUUCCAACCUUUCCUCGAUUUUCAGGUUGAAUAUGCUUCUCUUGAGAGGCGCUUCCUCGAUGACAAUCUCCGUUAUAUUACCAAGAACGACGGCGCGCGCGGUGAUGCAAAUCCGGAUGAUGCACGUCUUCUACGUGAGCGAGCCGUGGAUGUGUUCGGUGCCGCUGAAGAAAGUGUCACACGCUGUGUGUCUUUCACACAUGGAUAUGGUGCAGUGGGGCUUGUACAAGCGUUGGAUGGUUUCUUCAAGUCUUUCGUUGAUAUGCGGACUAACGAUCUUCGUAAAACGUCCUCUCCCUCUUCUUCUACAUAUAAUUCUGCCGGAGAAGGCCUAUCUGGGCUAGAUUACACACCGCAGGAUUGGGCUGAGUUCCAACACUACCUUCAUCUUCUAUCUUCCGCUCGAAGCGUCUUUGAGCGAAUGUUGUCUUUUGAGAAUAAGCUUCGUGCUAGCCUCACCCAGAUAUCCACGACUCUUCGCCUAUCGCGCGAAGAUCCAACCGCAUUUGGUUCAAACCGAAGUCAACUAUUGGAACAGUCCACUCUUCAUUCUCCUGAUCUUCAUACCCUUCUGGAAUCUCGCCCUACCGAUCCUCUUUUGGUUGAAGCGCGCGCGGCAGUGUAUCAACUUGCUAGAACGUGCCAAGAAUAUCUUCAGCGCACUAUUCUCUCCCCCCUCAUGAAGCCUUUGUCCGGAUAUGCGUCCCUUCCUUUGUGGAACGCGCCAGGAAAUGGAAAGUCACAAAAAGUCAAUGAACUCCAAGUUCCAUCCUUUUCUUUGUCUCCCAGCGAGACAGUACAGCGUGUUGCGGAUAACUUACUCAACCUUCCUCAGUUAUUCGAGGUGUAUGUUGAUGAUGACGCUCUUUCCUUCUCUUUGCAUACACUCCCGCAUAUCGAUGAACCUGAGAUACCUUUGGAACCUCAGCCGGUGUACGUAGGGCAUGCACGGCGGCAGAGCAUAUCCAAGCCCUUAGCACAAGGACCGAGCCCAGAGCUGGUGUCGUCUGCGUGGCUAUCGUCGCUCAGUCGGACGCUGCUGACUCAUCUGACGAAGGAGGUUCUCCCUGCCAUUCCUAUGCUCUCACAAGCAGGUUCUGCACAACUAAGUUCUGAUUUGGGAUACCUCUCCAAUAUUGUGCGGGCAAUCAAUAUCGAGUUUGAUGAUCUCGAGCGGUGGCGCACAUGCAUCGACUCAGAGGAUGGCGGGGGAAUCCAGGACAAGGUAUGGAAAGAAGUGAACAGAAUGCGUGGAGUAAAGAAACCAUGACGCUAAUACGCGCUUCUUAACUCGCUCAGAUCCCAUUUUAUCAAGCGUUUAUAUGCAUCAAUCAGUGACAAUAGAAAAGGGUAAUAUGCAACACAAGAUCUGAACUCUCGCCCAUGGCAAUGGUUACUACAGCGGAAGUCAAUAGGAAAUAACGCAAUUUCGUGUCCAAUAUAUUUCGAAAUCCUGCUCCCCUCCUUUCAGCCUGAAUACGCGGAAAUGGCAGUGUCAAAUGCAUCCGCGAUCGUCGUUUUGAUCUCAUUGGCUUGGUCUAAGAGGUCAGCCUGUCGAUAGGGUCAUCUCAACUGCAAAGCGAUAUAUUAUAGCAGCUACUCGUACUGGGGACUUGGCAAUUAACGCAUUUGAGAACGCUGUAGUUCC